ACACAUCUCUCAUUUUCCUCUUCUUCUCUCCAUAUCCAUCAUCAUCAUCAUCUUCAAUUCUUCUCUCUCACCAAUCCCUUUUCAUACCAUGAGGAGAAACUGCAACUUGGAACUUGCCCUCUUUCCUCCCUGCGAUUCUGGCCCUCGCCACCACUCUUUGGUUGAAGAUGCUAGUGAGAUCAGCCCAAUGCAAAAUUACCACCACCGCCAGGAACAGCAACAGCCUCUCACCAUUUUCUAUGAUGGAAAGAUUUGUGUUGCCGAUGUCACAGAGCUUCAGGCCAAAUCCAUUUUAAUGCUUGCGAAUAAAAGAAUGGAGCAAAGAGUGAGAACAGCAAGUGGGUCAGAGCCAUCUUCACCAACAACCAUGCAAUCUCCUAAUCAACUAUAUAGCCCUGGCACUGGCACUGGCACUGGUCUCUCCAUGAGAAAAUCGUUGCAGAGGUUCCUUCAUAAGAGAAAGAUUCGGGCCCAAGAAGCAUCGCCAUAUCAUCACUAGUUAAUUUUCAAGAAAUGGACGAACCAAUUCAAAAUUGUUUUGUUGUUUCAGACGAGUGUCUAUUUAGAAUCAGAUUUUUAUUCUUUUUUUAUUUCUUUUUUUAUUUUUUUAAAUAUACUUAGUAGGUUUACGAGGUUUCUUCACACUUUCUUUUUUGUUUGAAAUCUUGAAUAUUAUCGUAGCAAUAUAGGCUGUAAAUUAUGACAUAUUGUGAAAGCUUAAUUUAAAUUUUUUUAUUUUUAAGGUAGA